CAGGAGAUAGAGUCGCCAUCUCAACAAAGAGCGAGCAUGUUGCUCUUGUGGUAUGCGCUCAAUGUUGAUCCUGCCAGUGAUGAUCCUGCCAGCGGUGAAGCCUCUUGGUAGUCUAUGCUGCUAUCCGUUCCCGCACUCUCAUCUCAGAUCAGCUUCGGACAAAGCUGCAGCGGGGCCGACGAUGUCUAUGGCCUUGGGAGAGAUGACUGGAGGCUCUGGACGACUUUGUGGGCAGGCCCUCACCAAGGACGGCAGCAUGGCGCAAGCAAGCUUUUGCUGCUAUCUAGGCCCAGCCUCGCCGCGAAAGGAAGCCCUGGCGGUUCAGCAUGCACCACUCAGAGCGAGCAGGCGACGGAACGAGCUGCAAUCACACCAGUGACGUGUGACGAAGUGCAUUGCAGGCGGCGAUGGGUCCACGAUUGGGUGGAAAAGAG